AUGCCGAAGAAAGUAAAGCAAGAUCUUCCCCUACACAAAGUCAUCAUGGUCGGCUCGGGUGGCGUUGGCAAGUCGGCGCUUACUUUGCAAUACAUGUACGGUGACUUUGUCGAAGAGUAUGACCCUACAAAGGCCGACUCGUAUAGAAAGAAGGUCACGCUGGAUGGACAAGAUUGUCAGAUUGACAUCCUGGACACUGCCGGGCAAGAAGAAUACGCUGCCGUAUCCUUUUUUAUUAUGAGAGAACAUGUUGGGCGAUAUUUACGUAGAGGAGAUUUUAGGGAACAGAUUUCACGAGUUUUAGACGACGAUAGCGUGCCAUUUAUCCUCGUUGGUAAUAAAGCCGAUCUGGCUAAUAGUCAUCGAAAAGUAACAAAAGAAGAAGCAACAGCCAAGGCAGCCGAAUGGGGAUGUCCGUACAUCGAGACGUCGGCAAAAACGCGACUGAACGUAGAUGAGGUUUACACCGAGUUAAUGAGAAAGAUUCGAGCACGCAAAGAAAGUCAAGAGAAUCCAAGACCAGUAAGGAAUAGAUGCGUGUGCUUGUGA